AUGAGUAUAAUAAGAGAGAAUAACAAGAAUAGAGGUAAGGUCUAUCGAUGCUUUGCUAUAUUUAAUUGUAAUAGAUAAGAAUUCAUUCACAUUCAGAAAAGACGUUGUAAUAAGUCUUAUGAAUCCUCUUAUCAAGAUGUCAAAGAUUAAGCUGAAACAUGUUUCUAAACUAAUUCUAAAUAAUUAAAUUAUAAAAAUGCCUAUUCAGAAUGGUUUGGAAUAUUAGAUUAACAUUAAUGUAAUUUAAAUAUAACAUAUUUCUAGAGUGUUAUUUUUUAUUUAUGCUUUUUCCCUAAAGUAAUAUACAAUUAGUGAAUGAUGCUUUAAAUCAAAUAAUUAAACUAGUAUCUACUAUACCUAAUUAUUAUCAUGUAAAUCUCUUAAGAUAAGUAGUUAACUUCUGAACAAUUAGAUUAACUGAAAAGAACAGAAAUUAGAAAACUGAUAGACAUAUUGGAAAGUUAAUACAUUGAAAAUGAAGGAAUUAUGGGUAAUCCAUCAGAAGAUGAAUUAGCUGGUAGCAAAAUUAUAACAUUUAAUCCUAUUAAGUAUAUCUAAUCAUAAUUUAUAGAUCCAAUCCUUAAAGUUCAUUCAGAUCAAAUAUACAAUAAUAACCAUCUAAAAAUGAUACUGUAAUAUUCUAUCCUUAAUAAUUAGAGAGAUCUAGCUUAAACUAAAACUACAGAUAGAGAAUAUGUAGAAUUUGGAGUUUAUAGAGGAUUUGCAAUAUACAGUAUCAAAUUGCAAAAAAUCAUAUUUCAAAUUCGUAGAGGUUCCAAAUAAUCAUUUACAUAAACAAUUAAUAAUAUUGAGAAACUUCUAAAUUUAAAAUCUAAAUAACCUGAUUAAAAUUAAUUAUUCAUUGAAAAAAUAAAUUCUAGAGCAGAAUGGCAUGGAAAGUAUAACAAAUCUGAUUGUAUUUAUUAUUAUUAGAUUUAAUAGAAUGCUAUUAUUUAAUUAUGACAUUUUAGAAUGCUGAUCAGGAGUAAUGCAAUAAUACUUUAAAAUUAGCUAUAAGUAGAUUUUCUAAAGAUUAAAAUUUUGUUUAAUAUUCAUAAUAAGAAUUAAAUGAUAAAUAUCUUUGGGAUAUUAGUAAUUUGUUGAAAUCAUCAGAAAGACAUUAUGAAUAUGAUUAAGGUUCUUUAGGAGCACCAAGUGAUGAUGAGAUCAUACCUAAAUUAGAUAUUCUUAAAUAAAGUACUUUAGGAUUAACUAAAAAUUAUUCAACUUUUUCAGCAUCUAAAAUGGAAUUAAUUUAAAUGUAAAUAUUACCAAGAUCUCAUUUAAUAUAAUUAGGAGAAACUGAUUUAGAUUCUCCUAUAUAAACUAAAGAAACUAUUUUAACAAAACUUAAUCAUUUUGAACCAAAGGUGGAUGAUACAGAAGAUAUAUUAUAAUAUGGUGUUAUCACAUCUAUUGUUAUUUUAUUAAUUAUUUCUAUAUAUUUAAUUUUAAAAUGA